GGGAGAGCAGGCAGACUCACAGCCAGUGGCUUUUACUCCUCUCCCUCCCCACCUCCUCCUCUCCCAUUGUAUAAUGCUUCUCGUUUCGAGCCAGGAAAAAGCACUGGCUUAAUCGUGCAGACAGAUCAACAUAUGGAGCUGGUGCUAGAUUAGGGGAACAGGGGUCGAUCCUGAUGUUUUAAACCUCAGGUGAAACUGCAUGUGAUAUAUGUUGGCUAAGGCAGGAAAGCGAAAGUUUGACGAGCAUGAAGAUGGGCUGGAAGGCAAAGUGGUGUCUCCCACAGACGGACCAUCUAAGGUGUCCUACACUUUACAGCGCCAGACUAUCUUCAACAUUUCCCUCAUGAAACUCUACAACCAUCGGCCACUGACAGAGCCAAGGUUGCAAAAAACUGUUUUAAUAAAUAACAUGCUUAGGCGAAUCCAGGAGGAACUGAAACAAGAAGGUAGCCUAAGGCCUAUGUUUAUCAGCACUUCUCAGCCUACCGACCCUCUAGGUGACACCUACCAGGAGGCUCAGCCUGCAUUCAGCCAUCUUGCCUUGCAGCCUGUUCAACCUGACCUAGUAAGCACUACACCACUAGAGUCUUGCCUCACCCCAGCCUCCUUGCUUGAGGAUGACACGUUUUGCACUUCCCAAACAGUCCAGCAGAAUGGUCCUAUCAGCAAACUACCAUCACCUCUUCCAACACCUUCUCCGCCUUCUGUCCAGCCAGUAAAAGACAGUUUUUCCUCAGCUUUGGAUGAAAUUGAGGAGCUUUGUCCAACAUCUACCUCAACAGAGGCAACAGCAACAGCACAUCUCAAGGAUGAAUCUGUUGCGUCUGGCGCCCUUAAGCCUGAGGGAACACAAGAGAGCAGAACAAGUGAGCCAAAACUAAUGGAUUCCCUUCCUGGGAAUUUCGAGUUGACAACAUCCACUGGCUUUCUUACUGAUCUGACAUUGGAUGAUAUUCUUUUCUCAGAUAUUGACACGUCCAUGUACGAUUUUGACCCUUGCACAUCUAAUGCUGGAACAACCUCUAAAAUGGCACCAGACGAACUUCUGAAAACAUUAUCUCCUUACAGCAGCCAACCAGUCACCCCAAAUCAGCCUUUUAAAAUGGACCUUACAGAAUUAGACCAUAUCAUGGAGGUUUUGGUUGGGUCCUAAAUCAAACUUCACUCAAACAGAUUUAAAGCACUUUGCAUGCGUACUCUCUUGCCUUUUGAGAAGAAGGAAUAACAAACAAACAAACAAAAAAACACAACAAAAACAAGGAUUGUGAUAAAUGUUGCAUUAAGCUGUAUUGGAGUGCCUUCUGUAUGAUCACUUGGAGAUAUUUUAUAAAUAAUUCUCCAAGGAUAAUCAUACCACAAUUCUCUAAAGAUUGCAUAUUCCAAACCAUUGAAUAACUCGAAAACAUCAGUUUGUUGUAUAUGUUAAGCACAAGAAUUACGUUGGGAUGGGUGGGGGGUGGUACUGCUGUAAAUUGCAUGUGCAUAAUUGUCUAUUUUUUCAAUAAGUUUUAUUGCAAAAGGUAAAAAUUUUAUUAUUUAGGUAAUCAGAGCCCCUUUUUGGCAUUUUAGUCCUUUUUAGGUUAAAUUAUAGAGUUAACAAAUGGAGGCAUUAAUUACCGCUUUUACAGAAAAAAAAAUGUACAAAAAAAAACCCAACAAAACUUGCAUAUACAUGGCUGCUUAGAUACCGCUGUCCAAAUGUUUUUUAUAUUUUUGUACAGAUUCUGUCAUUUAUAAUGUUUUUUUCUAGGAAAAAUGGGGAGAAAAAAAAAAGAAAAUUGGUGUUUAUACACAAACAAUUACUUUUGUUUCGGUAUGAAUUUCUUCACCACUUAUAAUGUACAAGCUAGGCCUGAAAUGUUAUUACACACCAUUGAAUUAUUUUUUUGUCUAUGGUGUGAAGAAAAUAUUUAAUUGAAACUCCUAUUAUAAAAAAGGAGAACAAUUUCACCACCAGAGGGCAGCAACAACUUAGCCUAACUGUGAGUUGCACAUUGUUUUUGGGAGGGGUGCGUGGGGUUAAGGAAUGGCCAUAAAAUAUUUUGUCAUCUUAUUGAAAGUAUUUAUUCCACAUUGAUAAAUUUAUUUAUUUUUCACAAUCAAUGUUUUAUACGAUCCCCAUGGAUUGCACAGAGGGAAUUAUUUAGAUAUUUUAGGUUUGACCAACCAUGUGCUCAAAGGAUUUAUAAUAAUUUUUCACCACUCAGUGUUUUUAAGAUCUUUUUAUUUUUUAUUUAUUUUUUUAAAGUACACCCCAUUUAAUUUUUCACGGCAUCCCCUUGGCAGAUUAACUUGUCAGUUUGAGUGGGGUGAAGUAUAAUGCUUCUCAUGGUAACAGUAUUUUUGACGUCACACUAAAAUUAACAAUCUCUUCAUUUUCCCAUGUUAUGUGGUUUGUUUUGUCGGAGAAUUUCAUUCUAAAACAGGGGUGAUGAACUGUCCGACAUCCCACUUAGGAUUCAGCUCCCAUAAUUAUCACAGCUCAAACCUGUAGAAGACCUAGAGGAUUAUGGGUGUUGUUGUAAAUCGACAUCCAAGUUCUGAAAUGUUCUGAUCAGGAGAAUGUCUUUGUUCCAUU